AUGGGAAGCAACUCCGAAGAUCCUUCUCAUUGUAAGCAAAAAGCAGCAAAUGGGAAUUGUGUUGCUCCACCAGUCUCCGAGGAGCAGAAGAAUUUUGAUAUGCUCUAUACAAUCGAAGAUGCGCCUCCAUGGUAUCUUUGCAUCCUCCUGGGAUUUCAGCACUACUUGACGUGUUUCAGUGGCACCAUCGCUGUUCCCUUCCUUCUGGCAGAGUCUCUCUGUGUAGGGAAGGACCAGUACACCAUCAGUCAACUGAUCGGCACCAUCUUCAGUUGCGUGGGCAUCACCACCCUCAUCCAAAGCACUGUGGGCAUUAGGCUUCCUCUGUUUCAAGCCAGUGCCCUGGCAUUCCUGGUUCCUGCCAAAUCCAUCUUGGCCCUGGAAAAAUGGAAAUGUCCUCCAGAAGACCAAAUCUAUGGCAACUGGACAUUACCACUGAACACCUCUCACAUAUGGCAACCAAGAAUGAGAGAAAUUCAAGGAGCUAUCAUCAUUUCCAGCCUGGUGGAAGUGGCAAUUGGAUUGGUGGGCGUUCCUGGGGCCUUACUCGGCUACAUUGGGCCCCUGACAGUCACACCCACUGUCUCCUUAAUAGGUCUCUCCGUCUUCCAAGCAGCAGGGGAUAGAGCUGGAUCACACUGGGGCAUUGCCGCAUUGUCUAUUUUUUUAAUUGUUCUAUUUGCUCAAUACCUACGAAAUGUUUCCUUUCUCCUUCCUGGUUAUAAAUAUGGGAAAGGCUGCAUUUUGAUCCGGAUACAGAUCUUCAAGAUGUUUCCAAUCAUACUAGCCAUUUUGGUGGUCUGGCUGCUUUGUUACAUUCUGACGGUGACAGAUGUGUUUCCUCGGGAUGCCAAUGCCUAUGGAUUCAAGGCCAGAACAGAUGCUAGAGGAGAAAUCAUGUCCAUAGCACCUUGGUUCCGCUUUCCCUACCCCUGUCAGUGGGGGAUCCCCACCGUGACUGCGGCUGCUGUGCUGGGAAUGUUCAGCGCUACGUUAUCUGGCAUCAUUGAGUCCAUUGGAGAUUAUUAUGCCUGUGCCCGACUUGCAGGCGCUCCCCCGCCCCCUGUGCACGCCAUCAAUAGAGGCAUUUUUACAGAGGGAAUCUGUUGCAUCAUUGCUGGGUUGCUGGGCACUGGCAACGGUUCUACUUCCUCCAGCCCCAACAUUGGAGUCUUGGGCAUCACCAAGGUGGGCAGCAGGAAAGUGGUACAGUAUGGUGCAGGAAUCAUGCUUAUUUUAGGAACCAUUGGCAAAUUUACUGCUCUGUUUGCCUCCCUCCCUGAUCCCAUCCUUGGAGGGAUGUUCUGUACUUUGUUUGGUAUGAUCACUGCAGUAGGCCUCUCCAAUCUGCAAUUUGUGGACAUGAAUUCCUCCCGCAAUCUUUUUAUCCUGGGUUUUGCAAUGUUUUUUGGUCUUACCCUUCCAAACUACUUAGAUUCACGUCCGAAUGUUAUCAAUACAGGCAUUGCUGAAGUGGACCAGAUAUUAAGAGUGCUCUUGACUACAGAAAUGUUUGUUGGGGGCAGCAUUGCAUUUAUAUUGGACAACACUGUUCCAGGGACUCAAGAGGAACGUGGCUUAGUACAGUGGAAGGCUGGAGCACAUGCCAACAGUGAUGAAUCUGCAAAACUGAAAAGUUACGAUUUUCCAUUUGGGAUGGGUGUGAUUAAAAGGACUCACUGGUUAAAGUAUGUACCAGUGUGUCCUGUUUUCAAAGGUUUUAGGUCAAGAACAAAGAAAGAUCCCACUCUAUCAGAACAAGUACAGAAUACAGCGGAUGCAUCAGAGAUGUGUACCAAGGUUUGAAGGGGUUGUCCAUAGUAUAAUGAAAAGUUAACAACAGAGACUGAAGAAAGGUUUAGGUGUAUUUAAAAUAUUCCAGUGAAAAUGUCUCAGAUCAGUCAAGAUCAAUGAGUGAAUUACAUCAGAGGACAUUUGUGUGGCUAUUCAAGAA